UGGAGGUGGGGCAAAUGGUCAAUCUUACCAGAGGUGGAGUUAAGAAAGUUUGAUGCUCUGCUCACAGCUAGUCAGUUUGCCAAGACUGGGUGGGGAAGAAAGCAGCACUUGGUCAACAUGGCUGAAAGGCAACCUUUGAAUCGGGAACUCUCCAAGAUUUUCAAUGAGCUUUGGGAUGCAGAUGUGAAUCGCUUUGUGCCUGGAAAAGAUUAUACAAUUUCCUUACAGGGGAAAGCUGGCUUUGUCCAACAGGGCAGUAAUGUUGCCAGAGACAGUGCAUCUGAACCUUUGUUUCACAAUGUAAAUGAGCAACGUCUGAAGAACACAGAAACCUAUUCAAGUAAGGUUUCUUCCUUGUCAUUAAACUCCUUUAUUUCACUGCUGGAUAACUAUGAGACAUCGACUGGAAUAGCAGAGCUGGUGACUCCAGAGGAAACAGCAGAAAACAAUCGUUUUCUUGAUGCUGUUUUGAAGACCGAUGUGAUGGAACUUGCUCAUCAAUAUUUAGUUGGAAAAAAAUGGACAAAACCAGAACUUAAAGAUUUCAAAUCUCAGCUGUGGGAUAUUUGGUUUCACCUGUACUCAAGGGAAGGAGGAAAAGGACCUAACUCCUGUGGGUUCGAACAUGUGUUUGUUGGGGAAACUAAGAGAGGACAUGAAAUCCUGGGUCUGCAUAACUGGGUGCAAUUUUACCUUCAGGAAAAAUUGAAGCACAUCGACUACAAAGGCUAUGUGGCCAGAAAAAAUAAAAGCAGGCCUGAUGAGGAUGACCAGGUUUUAAGCCUUCAGUUUAGCUGGAAGGGACUUGUAAAGCCUGUAGGGAGCACUUUUAUCGGUGUCAGCCCUGAGUUUGAAUUUGCACUUUACACAAUUAUUUUUCUGGAGUCAUCUGAAAGAGUAACACGUCAGAGGGUGAGAAUAGAAGAAUAUGAACUGGAGAUUGUUGUCUACCGCCAUGGACGAUGCAUAGGAUCCGCCUAUCCAGUCCUUCUUAGCAGCAAUAACGAAGAUUUAUAUUGAAAAUCUCAGAAGUUUAUUUUUGAAGAAAAAACUUUUUUUUCAGCUACUGUGUCAAAUUUUAGUUUUCUACAUGUCUUCAUGGAAUGCUACUUAGCAUGUCUGAUAACGAAUAUUAUGUAUAAACCCAACACACUUCUUUUGCUAUUUUUCACCUGUCUUUAUAUUGGUUUGAAAGCAAUUUUUGUGAGAGAAAAUGGCAUUGAAAUGAAAAUAGAGUUUUCUUCAAAUAA